AAAUCCUACAUCUCCCUUCCACCAACCACGAAGCAGCCACUGAUUCCUUUCCCUGCUUUUCUUUGUCUUUUCUAAACCAAGUUUAGACGCAUGUUGAAUAUGUAACAAAAACCAAAGGCUAAAGCUUUUUGAAUCUUGCAGAAAACAGAGCAUCCUCUGUUUCAGAAAUAUCAAAAUUUUCAUUCUAUAAUGUCCCAGAAACUCUCACUUCUCUUGUUUUUUCUCUUUCUUGUUUCGAACCCCGUUUUUUCCCAGCUAGAUGAACUCUUCUCCCAUGGUUUUGAUCGUGCUAAGAGCAAUAUGAGCCUAUAUGAUGGUGCUGAGAUUGAAAAUAAUGGCGUACUUCGCUUAACAAACAACACUCUUCGCUUGAAAGGUCAUGCUUUUUACUCCAAUCCAGUCCAAUUUAAGAGCUCUAGCAAUGGCAAAGCUUUUUCCUUUUCGACCGCCUUUGCUUUCGCAAUAGUUGCCGAGUACCCAAAGCUAGGUGGCCAUGGUUUUGCUUUUACUAUCUCUACUUCAAAGGAGCUCCCAGGGUCUCUUCCAAGCCAGUACCUAGGCCUGCUCAAUGCAAGCGAUAUUGGUAAUCUCUCAAAUCACAUUUUCGCAGUUGAAUUUGAUACAGUUCAAGAUUUUGAGUUUGGUGAUAUAAAUGAUAACCAUGUUGGUAUUGAUAUAAAUAGUCUGGUAUCAAAUAAAUCUGUACCUGCUGCUUAUUUUAUUGAUAAUUCUACGAAGAUGAAUUUGACUCUCCAGAGUGGUAGUGUCAUUCAAGCUUGGGUAGAUUAUGACUCAACCAACAAUAUAAUAGAGGUUAGGCUUUCCCCUUCUUCCAUAAAACCAAGAUCUUCCAUCUUGUCUUUUGAAGUAGAUCUUUCUCUUUUCCUCAAAGAUUAUAUGUAUGUUGGGUUCUCUUCAUCAACCGGUAUCCUUGCAAGCACACACUAUAUUCUUGGAUGGAGUUUUAGUAUGAAUGGAAUGGCUCAGUCUUUAGCUCUAUCUUCUCUUCCUUCUAUUCCUGGGCCCAAAAAGAGUCACACAAUAUUGAUUGCAACUGUCACAGUUUCAGCUGUUGUGUUUAUAAUCUUGGUUAUUGCUAUGUCUUUUUACCUCAUUAGAAAGAUCAAGAAUGCCGAUGUGAUAGAGGAAUGGGAGUUUGAUGUUGGUCCUCAUAGAUUUUCUUAUCAAGAACUCAAGAAAGCAACAAGGGGCUUUAGAGACAAAGAGCUUCUUGGUUUUGGUGGAUCAGGCAAAGUGUAUAAAGGAACUCUACCAAAUUCUGACACUCAAGUUGCAGUUAAGCGAAUCUCUCAUGAAUCUAAACAAGGAGUGAGAGAAUUUGUGUCUGAGAUUGCUAGUAUUGGUCGUCUGCGACACAGAAAUUUGGUUCAGUUGCUGGGCUGGUGUAGCCGGCAAGGUGACUUGCUACUUGUCUAUGAUUUCAUGUCUAAUGGGAGUUUAGACAAGUACUUGUUUGAUGAGCCUAAAACCAUUCUCAACUGGGAACAAAGGUUCAAUAUUAGUAAAGGUGUUGCUUCUGGCCUUCUGUAUUUGCAUGAAGGAUGGGAACAGACUGUGAUUCACAGAGACAUAAAGGCAGGCAAUGUGUUGUUAGAUUCUGAGCUAAAUGGAAGACUUGGUGACUUUGGCCUAGCCAAAUUAUAUGAGCGGGGCACUAAUCCCAGCACCACUAGGGUGGUAGGCACUUUGGGUUACUUAGCACCUGAGCUAACGAGAACAGGCAAGCCCACUACAAGCUCAGAUGUGUUUGCAUUUGGUGCAUUAUUGCUCGAAGUAGUGUGUGGAAGAAGACCUAUUGAGCCUAAAGCAUUGCCCGAGGAGCUCAUUUUGGUGGACUGGGUGUGGGAGAAGUGGAGAAGUGGUGCAGUUCUUGAUGUAGUGGAUCCAAGAUUGAAUGGUGAGUUUAAUGAGCUUGAGGCUGUUGUUGUGUUGAAGCUGGGCCUAAUGUGUUCCAACAACGUUCCCGACAUGAGGCCUGCGAUGAGGCGGGUUGUGAGGUACAUGGAGGGAGAAGUGUCAUCGCCUGAGGUGGUUGCAGGCCCAGAUGCAUAUGAUGGGAAAAAGGGUGAUGGUGGUAGUAGCGGUAGGGAGUUUGAGGAUUUUGUACAUUCAUAUCCAUUGUCAUCAAAUUUUGAGAAAGUCAGUAUUUGUUCAUCUGGGGGUGAUUAUGGGGAUAUUGAUAUUGAAGCUGGUUCAACUUCACCCCUGUCACAUUCUGGUAGAAAUGAAGGCAGAUAACCAUUGUGUAGAGAACUAAAUUUUCUCCCUUUUAUAAUUUUUUAGCAUUGAGAUUGGUUUUCUAUAUAAAUAUUUUGAUUUCUCUUUUUUUUUUU